GUGAAAGAAAAAGACAAGUUCAUUUCUUCUGGAUUCUUCUGAACUUUAAUAUAAAAUACCCUUCUCCCGAAAUUUAAUUGAUAAGCGAAUUAUUAAACCUCUGUGCUCUAAUUUCAAUAUUAAGCUAACAAAUUAUCGUCCAUAGUUCAAUCAGGAUUUUUAUUUAGAGCUAUUUAUCUUUAGAUCUGUGCUUUGCUGUUGGAGAAUCAAGAAUGUCUCGCGGGAACCAGAGAGAUCGAGAUCGUGAAAGGGCACAAGCCAGGGGAAAUCACAAGUCCAAGACACCUAAAAAUGAUGGAUUAACUCCUGAACAACGAAGAGAAAGGGAUGCAAAGGCACUUCAAGAGAAGGCGAAAAAGAAAGCAGCACAGGCGGAAGAUGGAUGGAAUAUCAACAAAUCGGAAAGCCAUAACAUCAAGAAGAAAUAGAUUCAUGACGAGUUUCAUGGAACUUUUUAUCCUCAGUAAUUCUGGCAUGUAUUGUUUGGCUUUUGUACCUUUGAUUUGUGUCUUCAUCUGCAAUGAAAUUUACUCACUCUUCACAUUGUUGGAAAGAAAUAUAUAUUGAUCAAAGAAAUUUGAAUUGGCUAA